CCUCUGCCAGGCCUCACCCCAGGGCCUUUGCACUUGCUGUGCCCUCAGCCGCCUACUCUUCCUCCAGGUCUCUGCACAGCCCCCUCAUACUUUACUAUCACCCGCUUUCCUCCUUUGCUUUCUUCAUAGAAUAUCUUGAGAUCAUCCCUCUCCUUGGCCUCCCAUUUAUUUGCCCAGGUAACUCGCCGCCUGCCUCCAUGCUAGGAUGCGGGACUCUUCGGGGCUGGGGCCUGCCUUCCCAACUACCACACUCUGCCCAGACCCCAAAACCAGUGUAAGAAGAUGCCCAGGGACACGCCAGGACCCCCAGGGAUGGGGUGGCAAUGCCAGACAUGCCCUGCUCCCAAGCUGGGCAGGAGCCAAAUGCCAGUUUCAGAAAGUCUUUGUGCUUAAAGGGGCUCGAAAAUGGAACCCAACCUCAAAACUGUGCAGAUGGGCAAGGAAGGCCUGAAAGGGCAGUGAUCUGCCUGGUGUCUUCUGGCCAGAAGACUCUCUUCUCCAAAAUGGCCCCAAAGUUGGGCAGAGAAUGGAGGUGUCCCUGUGGAGGGGAGGGCCGGUCCCACUAUUAGCUCAGGCAGAAGAGCAGGACAAGAGAGGGGUGCAGCAGGCCCACACCCAGGGCUCCUCUGCCCGGACAGCCAAGUCCUCCCUCCUGGCCUGGCCCUCACGGUGGGGCCUCUCCAGCAGGACCCCGCCUCCUCGCCGACCUGGCCGCCUGUUUCCCAUCAAGGCCACUCGAGGUGCCUGGAUGUCUUAGGAUCCUGCGACUAGGCCAUUGGCCAUCAGCCACGGGAAGCCUUCCCUCCUGCAGGCACCUUUCCCUGGCACUUUAACAAAACUGCCAGCCACUGGGUGCCCUUGCGGUGGAAGGUCGCAGCUCCGAGCACCUUCCCAGCUCUCCCCCACACUAAGGGAUGGCGCUGAUGAUCCUCCUGCAUUGCUCUGGAAGGAAAAUGCGCCUGGGCGAGGGGCGCGCCUUUGCCCAAAGCCACAGAGCCGGAGACGGGAGCAGCCCCCUUUUCAUUACAGUGGGAGGCUUUGGAAGGGGCCAGGAUCCGGGCUGGCGGCCCUCCUCAGCCCUGCGAUGGAGGGGGCCACAGCUGGGAGCAGGGUCUGCACCAGGAGACAUUUCCUUUCAGAGCUGUAAUUAUGGGGCUGCUCCUUGCAGAGCCUGUGGGCCGGCAGCAUGGCCCCCGGUGACCAGAGCAGGAAAAUGCCAUCUGGCAGGUGGCCUGCACCUUUUGACCACGGUCGCCUCAAUGCCACCUCUUGUUUGCCCACCCCCCUCCCAAAGGUCUCUGAGGGUCUCUGGAGCUCUCUGUGCUGAUUCCAUGGGCUGGCCCUUCCUGGAACUCAGGCCCAGGACCUGCUCGUGUGUGUCAGGUGGGCAGGAAGGGAGUAUGAAGAUGUGCCUUCCAGAAGCUUCCAGCUCCCCUCAGCCAGGGUGGGGUCCAGCGGAGCCAGAGUUCCCUCCCUUCCACAGUCCUGGGCAUGGCCCGCUGGGACUACAGCAAGAGGCCUAGACCCCAAGCCUGUUAAACCUAUGACACGCUCCAGAAGCCAGAACCCCCCAAAUUCGAGGCAUUUCCAGACACCCAAGCCGCAGGACCGAAGCCUCCCGAGCUCCAGGACACCCAGAUAUGUCAGACCCCAAACCUCUAGUUCCCCCAGACCUACGCUCCCAGGCCCCAGGCCUGCCUGCCCCCUCCCCCACAGCCUGAGUGUCUGCUGCUUCCUCAUUUGCUCAUUUCCUCUUAUUCUAAGAGGCCUCAGUGUUGGACACUACCCACUCCUUCCAGGAUGUGGGGUGUGGGAGAUGGCCCACCUGCACCUGGCCCGGUGGGACCCCUCUCCCCUCUUGCCCUGAAAACCUGAGUGUCUUGUGUGUACUUGCUGGCUAAUUUUAAUGUUUUAAUUGAAUGUGCAGACUAUGAUUCGCUUUCCAAUGAAGUGAUGGGAUCCUAAAAUAAAAAAUAUUAAAAUGUA